ACCGUGCUGCUUCGUUUGACUUCGAUUGACUAGCACUCCGCCUGGCUAACAAUUAUCCUUUUCCGUCUCAACCGGAGGACGCAAAGCAAGCAGAGAUGCAGAAUGGUUCAGGGCAUGGGUGCCUGAUAGGCAACCCACCAACGGACGGCAUCACCAACGUACGGUUCUCCAAUCACUCGGACAAUUUGAUCGUAUCUUCCUGGGAUGGAAAUGUGCGCCUCUACGACGUGUCUUCUAAUGUUCUCCGAGGAUGUUUUGCGCAUGGCGGACCUGUUCUCGACUGCUGCUUCCAUGACGACAACUCCGGACUCAGCGUGAGCAGCGACUGGACAGUGCGGCGCCACGACUUCGCCAAUUCGCGAAGCGACAUCAUCGGCAAGCACGACGGCCCCGUCCGCUGCGUUGAAUAUUCACAUUACACGGGACAAGUCUUGACUGGGAGUUGGGACAAGACGCUCCGUUGUUGGGAUCCCCGUGCCCCGACCGCCCUUGAACGGACCACAGGAGUCUACGGGCUGCCGGAGAGGGUGUACUCGAUGUCGGUGGUCGGGCAUCGGCUGGUGAUCGCCACCGCUCGCAGACAUAUCGUCAUUUACGAUAUCCGAAACAUGUCCCAGCCGGAGCAGAGGAAGGAUUCCCCACUCAAGUUCCAGUCGCGAUGCGUGCGCUGCUAUCCGAACGGGACGGGUUACGCGCUCAGCUCGGUCGAAGGGCGAGUCGCGAUGGAGUUCUUCGACCUUUCAGAAGCGUGGCAAGCGAAGAAGUAUGCUUUCAAGUGCCACAGAAAGACCGACGCUGGUCGUGACACCGUCUACCCUGUGAACGCGAUCGCCUUUCAUCCUGUUUACGGCACGUUCGCGACGGGCGGAUGCGACGGCUACGCCAAUGUCUGGGAUGGGACCAACAAGAAGAGGCUUUACCAGUUCCAGAAGUACCCGACAAGCAUAGCUGCUCUGUCAUUCAGCAGAGAUGGACGGCUUCUGGCCGUAGCGUCGAGCUACACGUUUGAAGAAGGAGAGAAGGUCCAUCCACCCGAUCAGAUCUUCAUCCGGAAUAUCAACGAACAGGAGGUCAAGCCAAAGCCACGAACAUAUGCGGUGGUGACAUGACCCAUGACCACCUCCUCCCACUUUUCCCACACUUGACAUCCCCUUACUCUGCCCCCCCCCCCCCCCCCCCCCCCCCCCCCACCACCCCCUUAUCUCCACACCGAUGCCUGGUGCCCAGGUGCCAAGCCCCUCCUCCUCCCACCUGCGAUUUUGGUGUCGAACGUCAGCCGUCUUUUGUACCACAAGUAGAGGAGCCCUCCAGGGGUGAAAAAAAGGAAAUGCAGUUCUAGUUGUUUAUUCAUUCUUUUACUCCUCUCGCUUUGUCCCCUUGCACUCGUGGAGCUGAUCAAAUCGUUCAGGAUUUUCUUGUCCUCAGAAAAAAAAGGAAUAGAACUCUUCUUUCGAGUUCUUUGUUUUUUUUUUUGUUUUUUUUUUGUUUUUUUUUUGUAUUUUGCAGCCAAUGUUUAUAGUCACGUCGUUGCGGCUGUGGUAUCUGAGAUGCCAGUGUGUAUUCUUUUCUGCACUUUUCACUGUUUUCGGUUCUGUGUACGUAAAUUUUGCUCGAUUAAUAUAAACCAAACAGACGGGAAAGGAAAGGGCUUUAUGAAAAAAAAAGGGAAAAAAAAGGCCAUGGCUGGGGUCUGGUCCCACCUACAGCGUUGAGUUUUGUCAACGCUGAGCUUUCUAUCACGUGUGGCAUGGUGGGACGGAGCUCUGUCGUUGAUGUAAAGCGAAUCUAAUGAUACCGAAAUACAGGAGAAUAACCUUAUUAGAUUUUGUCAUUUUGUAGAAUUUUUCUGUGAAGUGAAAUCCGUUUUGUAGUAUGCUUUGGCCCUUUUGGCUUGGGCGGGAAACCAUUUUCCAUUGAGAAAACUACCCUACCAAGGGUAGGGUAGGGUACAUUUCUCAACUGCAGUGCCUUUCCUUUUUUUUGGUUUUUUAGACAUCAUUACGUCCCGAAACGGAGGAACUCUGACAGCUGUGUUUGGCUCUUUGGCAUCAAACGCGUUUCCUUCUUUGGGCAAAUGAAUGCAUUUGGCCAUC